AUGGAUGAAGUUAAUAGCACAGAAAGUUCACAAGAAGUGUCAAAUGCUGAAUCUCCUCUUUGGCAGUAUGUGACUAAAGUAGAAAAACCGGCUGGUGCAUCUGUUAAAUCUAGUGGAAACACAUAUUUUAAGUGCAACUAUUGUGAUAUAGUUUUUAUGGGAUCCUAUUCUAGGGUUAAGGCUCAUUUAUUACAAAUUUCCAACAAAGGUAUUAGAGCAUGCCGUAAUGUGUCAAAGAGCCAUAGGUUAGAAAUGCAGCGAAUGCAUGAUCAAGUUGAGGCUAGUAAGUUAGAGCAAGAACAGAGAAGUCAAAUUCCCUUACCCCUACCUCCCCCAGGCCGUGGGAUACCUAUUUCCCCAUUUCGGAAACAAGAAGGGAGUGAUAGUAGUCAUAGUACAAAUCCGGUUGAUGCUAAGAGGAGGAAGGUGACUAUGAAUACUACUUUGGAGAAAGCAUUUUAG